AUGGCGUUCAUAAGGCCGGGGAUGAUGACCCAGUAUCGGUUUAUGGCCGGGGUCACAAUCAAGAUAUUCGCCGCAUUCCACGUCUUUAAUGAAGCCGUCGCAAGUUCGCAGCCGUGCGCCGGCUGGAGCAUGUACCCAACACUCGACGCGACUGGCGAUGCGGUGUUACUCUUGCCAAUGGCGUAUUGGCGGCCCAAGAUCUGGGGCAUGUCCAAUAAGCGUCCUGAGAGGGGAGACUUGGUGGUCACUACCAACAUGAACAACCCGGCAUAUACCGUCUGCAAACGGGUCAUCGGGAUCGAGGGUGAUGUCGUUGAGAUUGAGCCCACACGCUCCGUUGACGGCUCAAAAUCGUGGGCACAAGGCCGGUUCCUGCGCGUGCCAAAAGGCCACAUUUGGAUCGUCGGUGACAACCUCUCCAACUCGACCGAUUCGCGCGACUAUGGGCCAGUACCUAUCGCCAUGGUCAAGGGCAAGGUUACGCAUAGGAUAUGGCACAGGGGGUGGUUGGACUGGACGACACUGGGGCCCAACAUGUCUUACCUCGGCCCAUCACCCGUUCCCCCGCCGGGGUCCGUGCAGCCGCGGCCGUUGUGA